GAGAUGAAUGGAGACUGGCUGCUGUGACUUCUGUCAUGGCGCAUAGAGCUGUAUGGGUGCUGUCCACGGUACUGAAGCCUUAUCCACACAAUAUCAACUGUAUUCUUCUAUAUCACCGACCUCAGACCUGUAUUAAUUAUCACCAUUAUAAUGUAAACUAUAUAUUACAAUAUGCAUUCAGUCGUCAGACUAGUGAGAGUCAUCUAUACUCCAACACAAUGUUAUAGAUAACAUUAUUUACCAUUGUUUUAACAUGACUGGCAUUGAACUUGACUGAUGCAGCUUCCACUCGAGACAUGCUCGUGUCCGUUUCACGGGACACGGUGUCCAUACGAGUGAGUGUGUGAGAACUGCUGUGAGGGAGUCGACAGGUAGAGAGAGAGAUAGAGGGAGAGAGAGAGAAACAGGGAGGGCGAGAGUGAUUGAGAGUGAGAGAGAGGGAGGGAAGGAGCGAGAGAGGGAGGAUGAUGAUGAUGCUGCCGGUGGAAAAUGGCUGCUGCAUCCUCGAGCCCAUCCGAAGCCGUGUGAAGGUGGACGGAGAAAGAUAAGAAAAUGAGAACGGCGAGCCCAAGGAGCGAACGAGAGACUGCGUGCGUGCGUAUGUGAGCGAGAGCGCGUGUGUAUGCGUGCGCGAGAGCGUGUGUGAGUGUGUGUGUCUGCGUGUAUGAGUGUGAGAACGCGCGCGCGCGCGUAUGUGUGUUCCGUAAGAAGGGAAAUAAAAAAGACGAGAGACCGGGGGGCAGCCAGCUCGAAGCGGCGGGCAACACCGAGCCAUGGAGGGCGAUGUACGUGUCCGAGCAGUGGUGAUGACACGUGACGAUUCAAGCGGUGGCUGGGUGCCCCUUGGAGGUGGCGGCCUUAGUCAUGUGGUUAUUUGUAAGGGGCGGAGCUCUGAAGGUCGUGGGCGGAGAGAGUAUGUCAUACGUGGAGAACGGCUACGCGAUCGAGCACCUGUGCUGGAAUGCGCCAUUCAAAAGGGUCUGGUCUACAACAAGGUGAACCCCAUCUUCCAUCACUGGCGUGUGGAGGAGAGGAAAUUUGGCCUGACCUUCCAGAGUCCAGCUGAUGCCAUCUCCUUCGAGAAGGGGCUUCAAAGUGUCCUUGAGAAGCUGGACAGAGGAUCUGACUCGCCAUCCUCUUCGACACCUGAAGAGGGCGACACUGAGGAUGACGGUCAAGCAUCUCAUACAGGAAGUGAGUCGUCAUCCAACAGCAGAAAAGAGAUGUUGCCUAAACCCAUUACCAUAGUGACCAGUGAGUCGUCCUCCACCUGUUUUGUGCGUUCCACAGAGGAGUUUGCGUAUGGAGCAGCGCACGGCGUCACGACGCAGACCCCAGCCCAGAUCCACACUCGACCAACCCAGCACCAGCUCACCCAAGUUACGGCCGUGCUGAACCCUCCGGCACCUCCUCCGCCACCUCCGGCUCCACCGACUCCUCCCAUAGCGCCCCCUGCUGCUUCUCCCAUCUCUCCACUUUCACCCACCAUCUCCCUGUUAGAAGAGGGGGACCUCCGCAGCCUCGACCCCUGCAAAGACCUGUGGGGAACGCGCGGCUACGAGGACUACCGACGCGCCGGUGCCGCACGGACCAAGGUGGGAGGGCUUACCGGAGGCGUAGUCGUGGGAGGCGGACCGGAUAAGACCGAGCUUUGCGUAGUCCGCUUCGAGAAAGAACUGGCUGGCGUGGGCACCACAGGCUGCGAGGUCACCGUCAUGCUGGACACCAAAGGCUCUCAGCAUCACUCCUCGCCCACUUGCAUGCCCAAUGCCGUUCCGGGGGUGCCAUCUGCCGGCGGCUCCCCACAGGAGACAGGCAAAGGGUCGCCAUCUCCCUGCUGCAUCCACACCUCACUCGCCACUCCCCGUUCUCGGACUCGCAAGCGAGGGGGCGGCGGCGGGGAGGCCAUCUCUCCCGACGACGACAGCUCCUGCCCACAGGGCUCCUCCUCCUGCUCGUCGCGCUGCGUGUACUGCCGUUCUGUUUUCAGCGCCUCCGAGAACGGACGGGGCCGCUGCCGGGAUGCUCCUGACCCGGCGCUACACUGCCUGCGCCAGUGGACGUGCGUGUGGUGCGCAGAGAGCCUGCUCUACCAUUGCAUGUCGGACUCCGAGGGCGAGUUCUGGGAGCCGUGCUCGUGCGAGGACUCGUUGGGCGGGCGGCCGCACUCGCUGUGCUGCGCUCGCUGGAUGGCGCUACUGGCGCUGUCUCUUUUCGUGCCCUGCAUGUGCUGCUACCUGCCCCUGCGCGCAUGCCUGCGCUGUGGGGAGAGAUGCGGCUGCUGCGGAGGAAAGCACAAGGCCGUGCGAUGAGGCCUGACAGGGGGGAGGGAUGCGGGGGGAGGGCUUGGAAUGCGGCCGGGGAGGGCGGGGCUUAUUGUGACAGGAAAGGGAGCACAAAGACUUUGUCGUCAUUGGAGAAACAGCUGUAGAGCCGGAUCUCCUACAUAAACCUUCCCGAUAAAAUCCCUCCCCCACCCCGUCCCCCCUCAAGGUCGUCUGCUGCAUUCCGCUCUUUCUAUUCUUUACUUGGACCCUUAAUGGUUGUACCAAUGUUGAGUGCAUGGGCAGCGUGUCACCGCACGGUUCAGGCAGACAGGCAGAGGAGAUAACUCCCGGGGGUCUGAGCUCACUGAUUGGCUGGUUUUCGGGGUCAUCUCUGGGAGGUGGGGAGUGAAUGGGGAUCAGUGACGUGUAAACUGUUUCAAUUGUUAGUUUUCUUUUUUAUUUAUGGAGAACACACGAGAUGAAAAAACAGAUGAUGUUUAUAGGUAUGGUUAUCAGACCUUUUACGAGUAUCUUAUUUUACUUGAAAUAUGGAAAGAUUUUCAAUAUUUUUUUGAAUCAAUUCCCCUUUUACCUCUAAUUUACUGAGUUUUACCUCAAUGUCCUAAGGAGAGAGAAAGAGACACUUAUUUCGGGGACUGUAUGCUGUGGUGAGGUUUUGUAAUAUGGUCUUCACUGUAGGUUUUUCCAAGCAUGUUCAGCUAGAAAACAUCUCGUGAAGGAGAUUACGAUGUCGUUUAAGUUGUUUAAAAGAACGUGAACGGAUCCCGCGCAGUCAAGGGUCACUUUCACCAAAACCAAUGUCACCACAUGCAGACACAUACAUACUCUCAUUCCUCCGUCAAGAAUCUAGUUGCAUUAACUCGCCAACAACCAAGAAUGUUGCCUAUAUUUCAAGUGUAGACCAAAAAAGUGAAAAGAUAAUCUAGACCAGAAUCUGCCGAACAUUUGCUUAGCGAAUGUAAACCGAGGCCUUGAAUUGUAGUUGUAGAUACCACCAAAAAUACAGUGCAAUGUGUAUAACACAACAGUUUUACCUGAACGGCAACAAGAAAAGUACUGUUAUAGCUUACGCUGCAUCUCAAAUUUGCUUUUGGGCUCUGAAGAGUUUCUUUCUAACCAGCGCACAACAAAUUGCGGCACUCUAUAGUUGGGGAACACUGUAAAAUAUUUGCUGUAGUUAUGCAGCUGUUUCCCAGUAAGAUGCUGUAGAUUUUAAUUUGUUAUUUACUGGCAACAGUUUGUUCAAAGUUAAACUAACAUUAAACAUUAGAAUAAAACUACAAAGUAACAGCCUUAUGCAAAGCAUUCUGGGAACCAGAAAGUUUUUCCUUCAGAUUUUGGUUCCCAGAAUGCUUUGCAUGAGGCUGUUAUGUUAAUGCUUAUUUAAAGGGGACCUAUCAUGAAAAUCUGACUUUUUCCAUGUUUAAGUGCUAUAAUUGGGUCCCCAGUGCUUCUUUCAACCUAGAAAAUGUGAAAAAGAUCAACUCAGUAACUUAGUUUUGGUAAACUAUUCUCUGCAAGCAUAUAAAAAAUAGGUCAUUGAAAUUUGGCUCCCCUUGUGAUGUCAGAAGGGGAUAAUACCACCCCUUAAUCUGCACUAUCCAACCACAGCACUGCCAUUUAGUGCAGAGAUCAACUCAUUUGCAUUUUAAAGGACACACCCAAAACGGCACAUUUUUGCUCACACAUACAAAGUGGCAAUUUUAACAU